AUGAAUAUUGAUUCAGAUUACGGUUACAAGAAGUGGAAGAUGAAACGGCGAGGUGAAGAAGAUUCUGAGUUGGAGAGAGCAUUGAUGAUAAUAGACGAGGAGAUGGAAAUAUGGGCUAAGAAGAAAGAGGUUAAGGAUGAGGUAGAUGAUGAAUGCUUAUUUGUCUCCGCCCUCACCACACACUGCGGUGAAUCUGGAAACAAGAUCCAGGAGGCUAAACGCCUCGAGUUCGUGAAGAGGACGGUAGCAAUGAAGAAUGAGUCCGAGUACUGGUUCAAGAAGUGGGAGAUGAAGAAGCAGAGUGAAGAAGAUUCUGACGUUGAGAUUGCACAGAUGAUGUCAGAAGAAGAGAUUGAAAUUUGGGCAAAGGAGAAAGAAGCUGAGGCUGAGGGUGAGGCUGAUGAGGGUAAGGUUUGGGGUUUGAAAGAGAAGACAGAUUACUGGGAGGAGCGUAAAGUUCACUUUGUUACCGAGGCUAAGUAUUGGGAGAUCAUGUACGGGUACUUAAGUUGA